AUUAACAGACCAGUGACCAAAAACCAAACUGACCCCCCAAAUCCAUCAAAUCUCUCCCCUUUGACAAACCAAAUUGCACACACACUAACCCUUCAAAUCCUCCAAAUUCUACCGUGAUUCUUGGGGUGGAAAAACCCUUCAAACCAUCCUCUUUUCAAAGCCCUCAAAAGCCUCAUUGCUAGGUGCUACCUUCCCUUUCGAAGAGGCAGAGAGAAAGAGGAGGAGAGUUGAAAAUUCGUACACUCUCUCUCUCUCUUUCUCUCUCCUAUACUUUUUUUCUCCAUCCAAAAGACCGACCCUUUUCAUAAAAACUUGAGCUUUGCAGUAUAAAAGCUGGAAAGCUCUUGGAUUUGUGAUUUAUCAGAGGUUGGAGUUUUCUGGGUUUUGAUUGGAUUGUGGGGAAGAUGAAGAACGAGGACGACGAGAGGUUCUUGUUUGGGAUUUCACUAUCUGAUCGGCCGAGGUGGCAGCAGUUCAUCAUUUGCUCUUCUGGCUUCUUCUUUGGUUACCUUGUCAAUGGCAUCUGCGAGGAAUACGUGUAUAAUCGUCUUGAAUUCAGCUAUGGAUGGUACUUCACUUUUGUACAAGGGUUUGUGUAUAUUGCGCUAAUGUACCUUCAAGGCUUCACCCCUAAGAAAAUGGUGAAUCCAUGGAAGACGUAUGUGAAGCUCUCCGCCGUUCUUAUGGGUUCUCAAGGACUGACCAAGGGAUCCUUGGCAUGGCUUAAUUACCCUGCACAGAUAAUGUUCAAAUCCACAAAGGUACUACCGGUGAUGGUGAUGGGUGCAUUUGUUCCGGGAUUGAGAAGGAAAUACCCGAUUCAGGAAUACAUCUCGGCAAUGCUUCUAGUAAUUGGUUUGAUCCUUUUCACCUUAGCAGAUGCAAAAACUUCUCCCAAUUUUAGCAUGGCUGGUGUGAUAAUGAUAUCUGGUGCUCUAAUCAUGGAUGCCUUUUUGGGUAACUUGCAAGAAGCAAUUUUUACCUUGAAUCCUGGUACCACACAGACAGAGAUGUUGUUCUGCUCAACAGUAGUUGGGUUGCCAUUUUUGCUUCCACCCAUGAUUCUUACAGGAGAAUUGGUUAAGGCCUGGAAUUCUUGUUCUGAGCAUCCUUAUGUGUACGGGGUUUUAGUGUUUGAAGCCCUAGCGACAUACGUUGGACAAGUAUCUGUGCUAUCCCUCAUUGCCCUUUUCGGAGCUGCCACCACUGCUAUGAUUACAACGGCUAGAAAGGCGGUCACAUUGUUGCUGUCAUACAUGAUAUUUACAAAGCCCUUGACAGGCCAACACGGGACAGGGCUGCUGCUGAUAGCCAUGGGAAUCACAAUUAAGAUGCUUCCCGAAAACAAAGUCCCCGGUCGGAGUGUGAUCUCUCAUACUGUUGCCAAAUAUGCAAAAUCUUUCAAACUGGGGAAGAGGAAAACAGAAAAUGAAACCGAAGAGUUUCAAUAAAGAUGUAUACAAUAAUGAUCUAUACAUAUGAAGGAGUAUACAAUACUGAUGUAUUUGGUGAAUCAAAGACCACGGUCUAAUAACGAACUGUUCUAAUUAGUUGAUA